AUGCCUCCAAUGGCAACAGCUGGACGUACUAUUCCGGUAUGCUUUACCACGUGUCUGGUCAGCAAGUGCGGUCGUGGGUGCACCGCGCCGUGUCCUCGAACAACGAAACCACCGGUGGCCUUUGAAGCAGAGCUCACAGCCAGCGCACAGGCUAUCAGCAGUAUUGAGGAGGAGAAGGAGGAAGGUGGAGGAGCAGGAGAAAAAGGAGGAGGAGGACGAAGGAGGAAAAAGGAGGAGGAGGAGGAGGAAGGUGGAAGAGCAGGAGAAAAAGGAGGAGGAGGAAGGAGGAGGAGGAGAAGGAGGAAGGUGGAGGAGCAGGAGAAAAAGGAAAAGGAGGAGGAGGAAGGUGGAGUAGCAGGAGAAAAAGGAGAAGGAGGAAGGAGAAAAAAAGAGGAGGAUGAAGGAGGAAGGAGGAGGAGGAGAAAUAAAGGAGGAGAAGAAGGAGGAAGGAGGACAAGGAUGAAGGAGGAGGAGGAGAAGGAGGAAGAGGACAAGGAGGACAAGGAUGAAGAGGAGGACAAGGAGGACAAGAAAGAGGAAGGAGGAGGAUAA